CUCCCUCCCUGUGCAGUGGCCCCGCCCCUCGUCGGCCUUGCCGCUCGCUGUUGAAUCGAUUCUCUAAAAAGCAACGAGGCGAGGAACUCGGAGACCAACAACAACAACGACAAAAACAACGACGACGACAACAACAACAACGUGGGGAGACGCAUUACUGCCGUAGAGGGUGACGGCCGACAGUAACGCGGCGGCGGGGCUCAGGUGUCGUGAGGAGGAGGAGGAGUAGACGACGAUGUGUAGGAAGCGCCGAGGCGCGUACGGAUUAAAAACAACCACGGGCCGUCAUCAUCCUCAUGCCCAGGCGCUGAGACGCGGCGGCGUUUAAAGUUAUCCCGUGGUUCUCGAUCUCACCACCCCCCUCCCUCCCUCUCCUCACCACUAUUGUUGUUGUUGUUGUGACGACUACUACCACUACUAUCCGCUCUUGCGUUAUUGUCGGCCGCGUGCUCGGCCGACAAGAAGAUGUCCCUCAUGUCGCUGAAGAAGAAGAAGAAGCAGCCCAAGACGUUCAACGUUCGCGUCAACACAAUGGACGCGGACCUGGAGUUUGGUUGCGAGAUUAAAAUGAAGGGGAAGGAUCUCUUUGACCUAGUGUGCCGCACCAUUGGCCUGAGGGAAACUUGGUUCUUUGGCCUUUGCUUCAUGGUUAAAGAUACCCUCACGUGGCUGAAGAUGGAAAAGAAGGUGCUGGAGCAGGAGGUUCCCAAGGAGGAUCCCAUCUGCUUCCAGUUCCUGGCUAAAUUCUACCCAGAGUCUGUGGAUGAGGAGCUGGUGCAGGAGAUCACACAGCACCUCUUCUUCCUCCAGGUGAAGAAAAAGAUCCUGGAUGAGGAGAUAUUUUGUUCACCUGAGGCAUCUGUCCUUUUAGCUUCAUAUGCUGUACUGGCCAAGUAUGGCGAAUAUGAUCGGAGCCUGCACACUCCGGGUUUUUUGGCUCAAGAUGAGCUACUGCCAAAAAAGGUUAUCAACCAGUACCAGUUGACACAGCCCAUGUGGGAAGAAAGAAUUACAAACUGGUACAAAGGACACCAGGGCAUGACCAGAGAUGAAGCUGAAAUGGAGUAUCUUAAAAUUGCCCAAGAUCUCGAAAUGUAUGGAGUGAAUUAUUUCCCUAUCAAGGACAAAAAAGGAGUUGAUUUCUUGCUUGGGGUCGAUGCCCUGGGCCUAAAGAUCUUUGAACCCAAUGACAAGUUGCAGGCGAAGAAGUCGUUUCCGUGGAGCGGAAUCAAGAAUGUGCAGUACAGUGACAAAGAGUUUACCAUUAAGCCUCUUGACAAGACAACCGAGGUCUUCAAAUUUUACUCUUCAAAGCAGAGAGUAAACAAACUGAUCCUGCAGCUGUGUAUUGGAAACCACGACAUGUUCAUGCGACGGAGAAAAGUAGAUUCUAUGGAGGUACAACAAAUGAAGGCUCAUGCCAAAGAGGAGAAGGCACGAAAACAGCUGGAGAGGCAGAAACUCGACAGGGAAAAACAACUGAGAGAGGAUGCGGAGAGAGCCAAGGAGGAUCUAGAGAGGCGGCUGUUCCAGAUGCAGGACGAAGCUCGGCUGGCCAAUGAAGCCCUCCUGCGCUCGGAAGACACAGCGGAGCUUUUGGCAGAGAAAGCUCAGAUAGCAGAGGACGAGGCCAAACUGCUUGCUCAGAAGGCAGCCGAAGCCGAGCAAGAACUGGGACGCCUGCAGGUGACUGCACUAAAGACAGAGGAGGAGCGACGACUCACGGAGCAGAAUGCUCGUGAAACUGAGCGCAUUGCUCUACAACUUGCCAAGCAGUCUGAACGCCGGCUGAAAGAGGCAGAGCAGUUGAAACAGGAUUUGGAGGAGGCAAGGGAGUCUGAAAGGAGAGCCAAGCACAGAAUCCAGGAGCUCUCUACACCCUCCUAUCCACAGAUGCAGGGUGUGUAUCCUCACCUAGCCGGUGCGGCAGUGGUAUUGGGACCAGGGAUGCCUGCCGCAGGCCUGGACAGUGAAGGCAGGCGGCUGUCAGUAGCCAGCGACUACAAGGACUCGGACAUGAAGCGUCUCUCUAUGGAGAUUGAGCGGGAGAGGUUUGAGUACCAGGAGCGAAGCAAGAACCUGCAGGAGCAGCUGAAGGAGCUGAAGACUGAGAUAGAAGCAUUGAAGCUGGAAGAAAGUGAAAGCUUAGAGAGGGGAGAGCAUCGUUACCACACACUUACUCGGAUGUCGUUCCAGAAUGCUCACAGUGCCGGCUUCUAUGAGAGCCACUGACGGCGGCACAAGUUGGUGUCGAGCCCAGCGGAUCUGGGUGUUGACAAGCAAUUGCGCCUGUCGUCAGCAGCUUAUGGAUUGGUCAGAAGAAAAGGAGACUACUAAACUGGAGUGUGGGCCUAAAGGUCAUUUAAUAUGACCAUUGUAUUCGAAACUGUACGUGGUAUAUGUUGGUCUUGCACUACCUGUUCUUAUAUAAUCCAACAAUUUCUGGUUCAUGUGUUAUGGACAUAUGCCUUUUUAGCUCAGCACACAUUGUUUGAUAUUAUGGUACAAACUAGUGUUAAUUAUUAUUUUGAUACACAUGCUCCUGGUUCCAGAAGGGGGGUCAUGAUAUUGUUGUUCUUGAAAAUACAUGCCACAUUAGUGUCUCGUGUUGAGAUGUGGUUUGGAUAUGAAGCUGUGAUACAGUUGUCCUUGAAAUACCAGGCCAAUUAAUGAGUAGGAUGCACUGGUAAAUCCAUGAAGAGCAAAUUUAGCCCAUCUACAGCUUGAAAUGUUAUUUAUAUUACCUUUAUAUAUUAUGAAAGCCAUAUAAUUUCUAUUAAAUAUCUGUCACAUUUUCCUUGAAUUUAUUUUUGUUUUGGCUGACAAAAAUCUAGGUCACAUUUAAUGAAAAAAAUGUUGAUAAUACCACAGGAGCUUCAUCGUGGGAACUUUUUGCCAGUAUCAAAGUAUGAAAAAUAAUAGGUUUUACCCUCUCUGGCAAUAAAGUGGUUAAGAUGUUCAGACACCCAAUAGAUACCUUUUUAAAGUAUCGAAGACUGCAUAUAUUAUCCGAGUUUGUUUGCAUGUUCACCACAAGUACGUGUGGUUAAUGCAGACUUGCAUCCUUUGGUGUUUGAACAUCUUAACACCCGUUUUAUUGCCAGAAAGGGUAAAACCUCUUGGUUUUUUCACUCACAAAGCUGGCAAAACCGUUCUUUCACAAUUGUAAACAGGCUAUUCUUAGCCAUAGUAUGAUUGGCAAAAAAAUCUCAUUUGACCUGUGAUGGAAUGGCUUUUAAUUAUGUGGCCAAGGAAGAAAUCAAAGAAGUAAAAUUUUCCUUUUGAUGUCGCAGCCUGUUUUACCUUUGAAAAAAAUGUAUGACGAUACAAAGCACCACGUUGGAACGGCGUCAUAUUUGGGGUGGAGCACCCAGUUCCAACCUCACUCUAGUACUUGAUUUAUCGAAUCCAACGUAGAACAGGUUGAUCCAAGUCACUGAUUCACUCCAGUCACUUGGUGGUAGUCUUCUUUUAAUUUCUAUCGCAACUACCAUGGCUACUAGUCCCAUGAAUAUGACUCAUUGAUUCCUCCACCCAUGUUGAAGAUUCGAUCUACCUGGCUGUCUGGUCCACCUCAUCCAUGCUGUGUUCAACCAUCAUAUACUGCAGGUUAAAACAUUUAUUUUUGCUUUUUUUCUACACAAGUGGUUGACUUGGGAAUUCCCUCUCAUAGUCUUUUCCCCCCAAGUAAUUUUAACCUUGCUCAAUACAAGAAAUGUAUUGGGCAUAUCCUCCCAGGUUAUUUCAAGGACACACUGUUUUGGAAUUAAAGUACUGAAACAACAAAAUGGUAAUAUAACUAAUAGGCACUCACGUGCCUUGAGAUACAAAAUGUAUUUAGACAGUUUAUACUUCCAAAUUUUAUAGUGUUCUGUUACAAAUGUUUUUAGAAAAAAUGUGCAUUUUAACUAUACUAUUAUAACAUUGGCUACACAAAUCAUCUGUAGGGAGCAUCUGUACAGCCACUAAAUCAAUUUUGGAUUUUAUUAAUCAUUAGUCUGGACAUGUUUGUACAUUAUUUUCAUAUGUAUAUAAAAGAAAGUGUAGGAAACGUUAGAUUGAAUAUUAACAAAAAUAUUUUAAAAAGUAACAUUGAAAUUUGACAAUUGAUCCGAUCCAAUUUCACAAAAUGCAUAUGUAGCAAAUUAACUUUGGGUCGAGUCGUGAAUAUGGUGGCCUUGAUGUUAUAAACAUUGAGAAUGAAAAUAUAUCCAUUGUCUGUUUUAUAGAAUAUACCCUUGGAUUUAUUUUGAUCACUAGUUCAUUAGUGCCUGAUAUGAAAGUCCUAUUAUAUUUUUUUCUUCUGGGUUCUUUCUGUAAAGUCACGUAGAAAAAAUAAAAUCAUGUUAUAUUGUGCAACGGUUUACUAGCAGUAUACUGUAAUUUGUGUUAUUGGAACUCAUUGUUUUCUAUCACGAUUGCCACUGGCUACAAGGUAUCACCUUUUCAAUCUCAUGUCAUGGGUUUUUCUUACUUAUCACUGAUUUUACAUGCUCAUCAAUGGCAUUUUAGCUCACAUGCAUAUCCGGCACUUGCUUGCAUUGCUUAAGUAGCAUUGCUUAUUGUAACAUAGGAGAAUUAUGUUGUUAAAUGACACUACAAUGGCAGACGAGUCGCCCUACACGUUCAAAUAACUAAAUGGAUUAUUUUGCAGACAAAAGACAACCAUAAAUGGGCUUUGUGAAUCUGUGACAGCGUUGCAUAAAUACAACACACAACGGCUACAGCUUUUGGAUUGGUGUGGCUUUUCAGCUGUAUCUGGUGUAUCCUUUGGUGUGUUUCCGGUCUAUGGAAGUGUUUCUGCAGAGGUUAAGACCUCAUUGCAUUAUAAAGUAAAUAAUAGCACAUCUGUAUUUGCUAAAUUAUACAUAGCAUUUUAUUCAUGGUUAUAGUCCUGAAAAGUUUAACGAACUUGCAUUGUCUAAAACGCGACAUUAAACUUUCAUGGUUUCAUUGAUAUUAACCGUCAAAAUUUAGCAACCUAAAAAAAUAUAGACAACUGUAAAUCACACUCAGAUACUGUAGCUUUUAAGUAAAUGUAACACUAACUUCCCCUCAUAAGACAUUUCCAUCAUUUGGGGAAAAUAUGGUUACCUCUGAUUCCCAAAUAGAUGAGCUGUUUCAUGAAUCAACUGAAAAUGUGCAGCAUAUCGAAUGGAAGUCUACAUUUAUACAUUGUUCCUGCUUUUUUUUGCUUAUUCUGACUAAAACAAAAGUAAUCUACAUACAUCUAUCUUUAAUCUCAUUGUUAUAGGUGGUAUACUGAUAGAUGUGCUUCAGGUCUUGCUUGUUGUUUGCGUUCAGAAACUACCAAAGGCCUUGGAUGUUGCUGCUAGAUUUCCCAAGGUUAGUCUAGGAAGCUUGUUCUCUUGUUGCAGUGCAGUGUGGUUAAGGUGUUCAGCCAUAUGCCAGAGUUCUCGCCUGCUUGAGAAAAAUGCACCACCUUAUAAUUUUUAGAAUAGAUGCAUUUUUUUGGCAUAGCAUAACAGUGUUACGUUAUGGAACAGUCGUUUUAGUUUCCAGUGAGAGUUUCAAAUCCGUAAUUUUUCCGGGUGCACUGAACUCCCUCGUGAACCUUGCUCCAAUUAAUCUUGUCAAAUGCAUCCGGAACCAGAAACUAUUACACCUGGUUUUUGCACAUGAGAUGAUGUUUCAUAUUGUAGUGUUGAAUGUACAUAAAGCUGAAGUUGGCACUGCUUUGGAGAAUGCAUAUUUGAAUUUUAAAGCUGAAAACAUCACUUGUUAUGAGGUUUAAAAAAAAAAACUUGCCUAAUCCUUUCCAUCGGAAGGGAAACUUUCAAGUAUAAUUAUGGUGAAAGGAUUACGUUAUUUAGUGAGGUAGCAGUGUACUGUAAAAUUAAACUAAAUUCAUUGAUUUAUCAACCAAUAGUUUUAAAGUAAGUUAUUAGUGGCAAGGUUUGAUUUGACAUUUACAAAUAAUGCUUUGCCAUGUUUUGCUGCUAUAUGAUAUGGAAACAAUAGGAUCUGCUUUGAUAAGAUCUAUAAAUUUACCUUUACCUGGGGUCAUUGCCAAAUAACAGUGAAUUGGCAAGGGAAACACUCGAAUAGCAUUGUCCUGAUGCUUUAGAAUUCGUAUUAAUGUAGAAUUGUGAUCGUUUUAAAUGUAAGCAUUUAUAUAAUACAGAUACUCACAUUUUAAACAUGCCGUGCCAUAUAGAGUAUAUUGCAUAUUUGUCAUUGUGCAUUUAAGAAAUUGUGGGUUUUUGUAAUUUGCAGAAGCCUAAUGCAUCGUCACAAAUUGAAUAAUUGGAAAACACUUUUUUCUCAUGUACAAAUAUUUACCUGUGAAAGACAUUGUUGGUUAAACAUGACGUUCCAUUAUGGAUUUAAACAAUAUAUGUUGAACGUAUGCAUUUUUUUGCCGUAAAUACAAAUGAGAUGCUUAGCUAUUAAUUGCUUUCAAAUUGUCUUGUAUGCAAGAAAUAGGUCGUUCUGAAAGUGGAAUGCAGCAAACGUCAGUCACUAAUGAUGGAUGUUUAUAUGACUGCUUAUCGAUGCAGUUUGCAGCAUAUUCAUCAUUACAGAAUUGUACUAACGUAUAUUCUUUGAGAUCUGGGUGGAUAAUAAAGUAAACAUUUACAUGCACUAAAAUUGAUUUGGGUCUUUAAAAAUGGUCAGUGUUUUAAACUCCAUUUUUAAAGACUGUAAAUAUGAGUAAUGGCAUUCCUCCUGAAUUACAAUUGAAUGCGCUGCAAUUGCAAAAUAAUACAAUCCGUUUUUUGUCAUGAAUAUGAACUAUUUCUCUAAAUGGAAAUGCUUAAUAGACUUCAUAUGAAGUGUUUACAGAUAUUGGCAGGACAAUCAAGUGGGAAAUACAUUUGGCCUGAUUUACAAUAACAGUUUCUUACAGUUGUGAAAACACCAUAAUGCGACAGAGCCUGUAAAAAAUGUUAACAAAAAUGUAUUCAUUAGAACCUGAACUUUUAAGUUUUGCAAAUACUUUGUGGUAGGACUUAUGGAAUAGAUUUGGGUCAUGGUUUACGGAGCUGUUGCUGUAUUACAAUUUUACCAGUAGUUGCAUCAACUGUAAGGUAUAGGUUGAGUAUGUGGACGAUGCUCUGCAUUUCAUUUGUGGAGAACCUCAAACGUGCUCUGAUCAAGCCUCCGAUACGUACUGCCAUUUUUGUACUUUUUAAAAUAAAAAAAACAUUGUAUAGAA